AUGAGCCGAUUCUGGGCAGGCGCUAGUUCUUCGGAAGACUCAUCCUCGGAUGAUUCUUCUUACUACUCCUCUGAAGAAGAAGGAAACAAAGCCGCUGGAAACCGAUGGGUUGAUUUCAGUGACAGUGACGAUUCGGACGAUGAAGUACGAGUGGUAAAAUCCGGUAAGGAGCGCGCCAUUGAUACUUUCAACAAGCACAUUAGCAAUCUCCGAAGCCACAUGAAAAGUAGGGACUAUUAUGCCUUACAAACAGAGUUUGACGAGCUUGCCAAAGCUAUGGUGAAAGCCAAGAAAACCCUUGCGGCGGGAGUUCCAAGAUCACUUGUCCGUAUUCUGGUGGAUUUGGAGGAAUACAUUCCAGAACGCUUGGCAGAUAAGGCAGCCUUCAAGAAGCUUUCUGCCCGUCAAGGGCGUUCGUUGAACCGAAUGAAGUUGACUCUUAAGAAGCAUAACAAGCCAUACCAAGCCGUUAUGAACCACUAUCGGCAAAACCCAGAUACUGGAGACGAUGAUGACAAUGACGACGGUGCCUCGGAUAAUGCCAGCAGCUCUAGCAGUUCCAGCAGCUCAUCCUCUUCCUCGGAUAGCGACUCAGAUUCGGAUUCGGAUAAUGAUUCGGGCUCUGGCGCUGGAAACGAUGAUAAUUCUGAUUGGAAUAACGACUCCGAUUCUUCUUCUAGCUCUGACGAAGAAGCUGGUGCCUACUCUCAACUCAAGGGCCGUGCUCGUUGGUUGAAGAAGAACACUGUCGUUACCAAAAGAGAAAAGAAGAAGCAAGACCCAUCAGAGAAGGCGGCCAAGGUUGCUGAGAAGAAAGAGACGACUGUUGUCUCCAAGGAUCACGAAGCCAUCAAGGCACCAAAGUCGGUUAUUCCUGAAGAGGGUCUUACCCCAUCUAUCCUUAACCGCAAGGUCAAGGAAAUUGCCUCUCAACGUGGACGUCGUGGUACUGAUCCUCGUCAACUUCUUAACCAGCUCGAGGGUCUUUCUCGUCUUGCUACCAAAUUCGGACCCCGCGUUGAAGUUCCAAUUUUAAUGUAUGUGAUCAGCGCUCAAUUUGGCCUCCAACGAACCAUGGACGACUACAUGGAGAUCCCUACGUGGAGGUCAUGCUCUUCCUACCUCAACAGAAUCUCUGAUGUUGUUGUUGACGAAGGAUACCGCCUUGGUGUUGAGACUAUUGACGAAGCUGAUCUUGUCUUGAGCAAUUCCAAGAAUGCCUCCAUGAUUAAGGCUGCUGCAUCUGGCACUGAUGGAGCCAUGGCGGCGGUGGCUGCGGAGGAAAAGUUGGUCAACCCCCACACUGGAGAAGACGAGACCGAAGAUCAACGUGCCGAGCGUCUCCGUCUCGAAAAGGAAGAGGGGAUGUCGGAAGAAGAGAAGAAGACUAUUCCUGUCGUUGGAUCUCUAUCGCUUCACUUGAACCGCCUCGAAGAGGAGUACACAAAGAGUCUUCAAAAGAUUUCUCACUACACAACCGAGUAUGUGGCAAGACUCAGAGACGAAUCUGGUCUCUUUGCUCUCUUGUCAAAGAUGCAAUCCUACUACGAACGUGAAGGGGCAACCAACGAGGCAGCUGUUUUGGCUCAAAAGCGUAUUGAACACAUCUACUACCGUCAUGACUCGAUUGCCAUCCAAGUUGAUCGAGCCGCCGAGUUCUACAACACGUUUGGUGAAUUAUCGAUGUUGCACCCUGCUUGUAUCUCGGAGGAGAAGGGAAGCAGCGACUUUUCUGUUUCCCACCCUGCCAGUUUUAUGGGCAAGCCCACCGCCGAACACGCUGAGGCUGAUUCUGUCGACUGGAAACAGUUGAUGGGCGACCUUUGCACCUACGUUUACAAGUAUGGCAGUGAUGCCGCGAAGACAAGGGCUACAAUAUGUCACGUGUUUCACCACGCACUGCACGAUCGCUUCUUGGAUGCUCGUGAUUUGUUGCUGAUGUCUCACUUGCAAGAUACCAUCUAUGAUUGUGGUGACAUCACCACCAUGAUCCUAUACAACCGCAUGAUGGUUACACUUGGAAUGAGCGCCUUCCGACAAGGACGAAUCUGGGAGGCCCACCAAUGUCUCUCCGAAGUCUGCUCUGGACGUGUUCGCGAACUUCUUGCACAAGGGGUUGGCAUGAGCCGAUUCACCGAGAAGACACCACAGCAAGAAAAGGCAGAGAAGCGUCGUCAAGUUCCUUACCACCAACAUAUCAACUUGGAUUUGCUUGAAGCUUGCCAUUUGAUCAGCGCUAUGCUUCUUGAGGUUCCAAACAUGGCUGCUGUUUCUGUGGGUGCCGAAGCCAUUGGUGGACGAAGAUUGCGCCCCAUCUCUCGAGCAUUCCGCAAGUAUCACGACAUUUAUGAACAUCAAGUGUUUACAGGACCACCUGAGCAAACUCGUGAUUAUGUCAUGCGCGCGUCGCAAGCAUUGAUGAAGGGUGAUUGGAAGGCAUGUACUGAUCUGUGUAAUCAGCUCGAGGUGUGGAAUCUUGUCGCUGGAGAUGAUUCUGUGGACACAAUCAAAACCAUGUUGGCGUCAAAGAUUAAAUUGGAAGGAUUGAGAACCUAUCUGUUCGCCUUCUCUGCUCAAUACGAUUCUCUUUCCCUAAGUCAAUUGUGCGGCAUGUUUGAGAUGACCAAAAACGAGGUUCACAGUGUUGUUUCCAGAAUGAUGAUCAACCGCGAGCUCUUUGCUAGCUGGGAUCAACCAACUGAAACUGUUGUUCUCCGCAAGGUUGAGCCAAACUCUCUUCAAAUCGCGGCAUUGCAAUUCGCUGAGAAAACUGCCUCAUUGGUUGAAGCCAACGAGCGUUUGCUGGAUGCCUUCAGCGGCAACCAUGGAUUCAAGGACGACCACUGGAAGGACGAUGACCGUCAUGGACAUCGACACGGAGGAGGCGGUGGCAUGGGCAAGUCGCAAGGAGGUAAUAGAUUUGGACGCCGUGACGGUGGAGGCAGAUCCCACGGUCGUGGAGGCGGCCGUGGACGUGGAGGCGGCCGUGGAGGCGGCCGUGGACGUGGAGGAAAGAGAACGCACAACAAGAGAUACUAA